GGGGCCGCGGAUCAGGUGGUGGUCACUUGAGUUAUGUGGGGAUAAGCCAUGGGCUCGUGGUAGGCCUUAUCAGCCGAAGACGCACCGUCGAUUUCGGUGGUGACAUGCCGCCAAGCUCCGCCGAUUUUGGCUCCACUCACGACCGAACGGUCGCCCCACAGCUCCGUCCAUCCGGCGUGUCUCCGCGACGUUCUUCGCGUUCAAUCUUCAGUUUCUUGGCGGUGAAGAUUGCGGCAAGACGCUGCCUGAGGAUUUUGUGCGUGAAGCCAAGUGGCGCGGUGUCAACGCCUGAGUAGUCAACGGGGCAAAUCUCGGGAAGAUUUACGACUGCCAACGCGAAAGGAUUUACGGACCGUGGCGAAUCUAAAAAACGACACUCUUGUCGAGGCCCUUCCUUUGUAUCUUUUUAUCUUCAGAUACUCGAGAGUGUUGGUUUUUGGGAUGGUUCAAUAACUUGUGAUGGGUUUUAUGACCCAGGAGUGGGCUUGAGAUAUGUAGUGCGGAAGGAAGCUCCUCCAUGAAUCCUUUUUGAGUAUUCCCGGGCUCGUAACGAUCUUAUUUGGAAGAAGAUGCGCGCGCAGAUUUCUCAGUGAUUAAUUGAAUGCAAUAAAAGUUAAUUGAGAGAAUUGUUUGUGGUCUGGAGGGUGCCCUGCUUGGAGGGGUAGGACGAGUUGUCUCAUUGUGUCGCCGCAUCAUCUGUGUCUGAUAUCUACCCUGUGCCCCUUGUUUGCUUCUGAGAAAGCUCCCCGAUUGCUACAAGAGGCCGUGUCGGACGCGCAUUGCUCGCGCUCGUUCAGAAUUUGCCACAGUUCGAGCGGAAAUGUGUCUUCCCAGCGCGGACGCCGACAAUCUCGAGAUGUGAAUGAGAGAAGUGAGCCAGUGAUAAGGGAAUGGAUGGAAGCAAUAAAUAGAUGGAAUCCGAAUACGAGAUGAGAAUUGUCCCAACGGUUUCGAGUUAUUGACGGAGAUAGUGGCGGUGUGAUGGUGGAGUGCGUGUUAUCAAUGUGAAGUCUCCGCUUUUUAUUGCUGAGUUGAUAAAACAUGACAACUUUGGGAAGGGUGACCCUUGCGGCGGGCGUUCUGCUGACGCUGCUAGUGCCGCAUUUGGCUGGAGGUCAGGCAACUUCGGAUACAGGAAAUGGAUUCAAUAAUGAGCACCACGACGGGGCCGGGAGUGCGCGGAAUGCAUCACAUGAUAUUUACGAGUGUUGCUCAAUGGCCUUCGGAUAUUGCAAAUCCUCUUGUGAAAAUUUGAACCUGGUGCAGCUGGACCAUCACAACAGGAAUACCAAACUGAACGAGAUUAAGCGACGGUGUCCACUUGCAAAGGUGGACUUUUGGACGUGCAUGAAUAAGACCUUGGAAGCCGUAACUCGAGGAGCACAAUGGCCGGGAAGGAAGUGCUGCCACUUAGCAAUUUUGCCACGCUGUCAAAAUAUCUGUGCAGCCUCGUCAUCGAGGGCUGGUAUUCUGCAAGCUUGCAGACAGAGUGACGAACUACAACUUUACUCCUGCAUUGACCGCCAAGAAGUAGCUGAUGAUUGCUGUAGUAAUGCAAGGACGAAUGAAUGCUUUCAGUUAUGCCGUGACAUUUUCGAACAUCGAUCAUCCCUUUCAAAGGAAUACUACGAUACAGAUGUUGAGGUCGUUUGCGAUGCAAAUAGUGGAAAUGGAGAGGCUUUGGAAUGUAUAAAGCGCCACACAGAUCUAACAGCGGUUUCGGAUGCCAAGAAAUAUCUACCAUGCUGCGAACUUACAAAAUCCCAGGAAUGUCGGUUGAGUUGCAGAAAUGUCCUUCAUAUCACUGACGUUACAGAAGAAAUGAUUAUCAAUACAUUGGAACAAGGUGGGUGCGGACCACUAUUGCCGUUUGAUCCUUUUUGGCAAUGUUUCUUUUCCCCUGAGGGCAGCAUUUUUGUUCCAACAUCUUCUAGUGAAGUGUCACAGAUAAAUCAGGUCGGUAUGGAUUCUGCCAAACUACAUUGUUGCCAUAAAGCAAUCGCACCGAAGUGCCGUCGUCUUUGUCAACAAACAUUUUUCAACGAUUGGACCGCGACAAGAGAUGAUUUUGAAAUUGAUUGCCUUCUCCAGAUUAACGAACUUGACCUUCGUCAGUGUAUCGAUGAUGUUGAGGAAUCAUGCGAACUUGGAUGCGAUGGUUUGUCGUUCUGCACGAAUUUCAACAAUCGUCCGACAGAAUUGUUCCGCAGCUGCUUAGUGCAUGCUGAUGAAGCUGCCAGGGCCGAUGUAGCAAUUUGGCAGAAAAUGGGAAUGCUGAGUUUACCAGGGCUUAGCUUACCUCUAAGAAAUAUAUCCAAAUGUUCACCAGAAAGCUGGCAAGCGAUUGCUUGUGCAUUACAAAUUAAACCAUGCACUAAAGUUCGUCAUAUGAACGUUAUUUGCAGAGAAGAUUGUUACAGAAUAUUGAGCGAAUGUAUGGAUUGGACAAAGUUGGAAACAGGAAUCACCGCCUCUUAUGUCUGUUCAAAGCUCUCUUCUGAUAACGACGAAAUACCCUGCAUCUCCCUCAAACCCUACAUGGAACCCAGUGAUAUUCCUUCGGAUACCGGCGGUCAUCAUGGUCUUACUUCACCUUGCAAAGGUCAUCCCUGUAAUGCCACCGAAGUGUGUCUUUCAUAUCGAAAUGAGACAGUGGGAUAUUCAUGUAUGCCCGGAUGUACUCUCGGUGAAGCUUCAAGCUAUUGGGUGCCCUUUGGAGCCUAUGUUCGCAUUCCAUCCUCCGCGUCGCAACCCGAGUGCUUGAAAAUCUGCCGCUGUGGAAAUGAUGGUAGGAUUGAGCAUUGUCAACCAGUACCUUGCUUCACUUACUCCCAAUGCACUAUCGGGGAUCGAAGGAUUGAUCAUGCGUCUUGGUUUUAUAUUGAAUGCAAUAUUUGCAGUUGUUUCGCGGGAGAGAUCACUUGUACAAAGAAACAGUGUAAGAUUCCAGGCAUAUCUGACCAUGGUUAUACGAGCUUACCAUGCAACUGUCCCCGACAUUAUGUCCCGGUAUGUGGAAAAAACGGAAAUACUUACCAUUCUGCGUGUAUCGCCAAAUGUGCAGGACUACAUGAUACUGAGAUCGAGUUUGGAGCAUGCGAACAGCAAGCGCCAUGUAAAGAUGGAGCGCAUAAUUGUCCAGUAGGGACCAAGUGUAUUCCGGAGAGGCAGGUCUGCUUGUCAGUGAUGCACAGACCUUGUUUGCAAUACCGAUGCGUAACUUCCACAAAGAUCUGCAACAUCAGUGAACCUGCUUGCGAUACAACUGGAAUUACCCACCCUACAUCAUGUCAACUACUACAUUCAGGAUCAAAGUUAUAUCAUUUUGGACCUUGUUUCGCGACAUGCUCACGGAGAGGGCCCAUUUGCGGUAUCAAUGGAGUGACAUACAAAAGUGAAUGCGAAGCGUGGAGUGAUUACUCCCUGAUGGACUACCCAGGUUCAUGUCAGCAAGUUGGGCUCCUUGCAUCAGACAUGGGUCCACGUUGCAAGAACGUUGAGUGCAAUCCUCUCCCGUCCAAAUACUGCCAAGGAGUGGUUCCACCCGGAGCAUGUUGUCCCAUCUGUGCUGGUGCUCUCCAGAUAGUAUUCUCUCGAAAACAAGUCGAUCGAGCCCUGUAUGCAUUAAAAGGCAAAAAUCUUCAAACUGUCACUCUCAAAAGUAUCCUGCGUGAACUCGACAAUCUGAUCCAAAUCACCGAAUGCCAAUUAGCUGGCUAUCUGAGCAUGGAAACCGAUAUCUUCGUCGCUGUCCGGAGCCGUGAGACGUCCCCAACACAGAUCCAAAUCGAAGCCUGUACCCGGGAAGCUGACAAGCUUGCAACUUUGAUAUCAACACAAAGUCAUCGCAUUACGACUAAUCUAGCGCUGAGUGCUCUGACCGUUGCCAUAAGGAUCCGAGAUAGUGCUGAAAGCGGAGCUGUGUCCUCAUGGGCGAUGCUGCACUUUGGCACUCUCACAGCCAUUUGCUGGAUUGUCCUGUUGUGGCGCAAUAUCGACCGGAUUAGCUGAAAUUUAAGGAAAGUUGCAAGAGUGAAGAUGCGAUGAGGUGCCAUUUUGUUGGAUAGAAAUCUGUACGUGAAUUCAAGGUGCCAAAAUAGUCGUAAGCGAAUUGUUAGAUAGUCAGAACUAUGUAAGCUAACUUUCGGUUAUUUGUAAAAUACUUUCAGUAGCAUUUAUUGUUUUUAUCAGUCGCGGGAGUCACUGUUACAUUGUUUUAGAUUAAUUCGUAAUUCGGUCUUCACUUUACAUAUCUUGAUUAUGUGAUAUUAGACUGCUAAGGAGGAACGUAAGCUUACAUUACUCAUAGAUUUUCAUGAAACAAUUUAACUCACGGAAAGAGUCUGUAGAUACCAAAGUUAACUUAGCAAAAUGCUUCGAUUCAUUUUAAAAAUUUUUAAUUAUUUUUCUAGUCUACAGAGUAACAUCUUUUAUCAUGAUGUUGGUUACUUUGUGCUGGAGAAGUGCAUAAUAAAGGUUUUGUCUAUUUUUGAUUGUUACUUUAAGGGAGUUUUUGAAAAACCUCAAAGCACAAAUGAAAAACGCAUGGUUUAUAUAUAUAUAUACUUAUAAUCUAAUGUUAACGAAGUAAAGAGAAGUUUUGUAA